AUGGAACAUAAGAGGGAGAGAAGCUCCAUAAAAAUCUCACUCAACAUGAGCGCGAACAAAAGGGAUGACAAAAGUGUAAGCGAAUGCAACACUGGUGGGGAUGGGGAUUCCCGGAUCAAAGUCAAGUCGAAGGAAGUUUCACAGGCCUUAGGCCUGAUCGAGGACAUCCGGAGUGGCACGUUCAACUACAAAGACCUGCAGGAAAUUUACUUCAUGAACGACGUGGAUUUGGAAAAAAUGAUUAGUGAUACGAAGCGCGCGGAGGAAGGGACCAACGAGAGGGAAGCCCAUGUCUCAGGGCACAGUUCGUACAGGGAGGACGCUAUGUAUAGUGGCGGCGACGCCCAUGAUGAGAGUGCCCCCCGUUCGAAGGAGUUCACCCAAGGGAAGCUCCUCCACAACGAGGGAGCGGAUCCACAUAGCCCCAUGCACAGCAACGAGAGGAUCCACACAAAUGAAAAUGACGAAGACAACGGAGUGAAUGGAAGAAAUUUAUUUGUGUUGAAUAACCAAGUGGGGAAAGUGUGCAUCAUCAGAUUCCCUCCUGAAGUCUCCAAAGAAAUAAAAAAAUAUCUUUUAAAAAAAAAACUCAAUCUGGAAAUCGAACCAACCAGUUUGUUAAACUCAAGACUCUUCUUUAUACAUUUUAGGAACAUAAAUAAAAAAUUUUGGGGAAUUCUUCUCGAACUGUCAACACACAUAGAGGUACACAAAACGCUGGAUCGAAAUAACCUGUACAAAACGAAUGACGUUUCGCAGAUGAUUUAUGUGUAUGACCAAA